AUGGAGCCUUCCAACUCCAGAGGUGACGAAAGAGGGGAAGAUAUCCCGCCGUCUCCCACUGACAAGCAAAGCGAAAACGAUAGCAACCUUGUAGCACAAUCUACUUUAGGAGAAGACCCUGAAAACAAACCCGAAAAACAAGAACAGAUACUCUCAGCUGUUGGAGCACCAAAAGGACCCGAGGGAUCGAGCGCAGAAGGCUCUGAUGAAAAAUCCCAUCAACCUUUAGGUGAGUGCGCAGUAACAGCAGAAAAGCUAUCAACAAGAACGGAUCUCAAUUCACUGACCACUUGAAGAGAAAGGAGAAAAGGAUGAUGAGAACCGCGAGCGUGGGAGUCAAGACGUGCCGGCUCCACCAUCCAUACCUCCUACACUACAAGAAACCGAUCAUCCAGAAUCAAAAGAAACUCGUGAGUACCCAAAGUCAGAGGAGCCCUUGAGCGCUGCUAUGGAGACGCAUCCUGAUGUUUUGCACUCAUUAGAGCAACAGCGGGGAGAAGAUAACCUUUUGGAAGACGAUGGAGAUGAAACGGAUGGAGAGGAGUUAGAGGGAGACAUACCUGACGGAGAUAAAUUCGAUGGGGACAAGCCAGAUCUAGAAAAGUCAGACGCGUCUAAUCAUACGGCACCUACUGCUAUAUCCAGUCCACAAACAGACCAAACAGAGGAAGUUUCGGAAAGUAACGACAACCAGAGAAAACGGAAUGGGGCUAUCAGCACUCCAACGACCGGUCUACAACAGAAAAUGGAAACUGACGAUUCGCCACGAGAAGUCCCAGUUAGAGAGGAACUUUCCACAAGUCCGAGUGAUCAAACGAAUGAGACAAAUACCGAAAAACCUGUAAAGGAUGACGAUGAGGACUCACCGAGAGUACCGCCUAAGGGGGGCUCGAGUAAGGAUGAUGUUCAGAGCGAAGAGGAUGAGCUCUUGAGUACCUCGGAGACAGAUACACACCAGGAAAACACAAGUGGAGGCCCUGAUAACUCAAGAGAGGAGGACGAGGACGAAAAGACCGAAGAGCAGAAAGCAAGCAGACAGUCUACUGUGUGGGAGCGAACUAGAGUACGUGCAGCGAUGAUGUACGGAGGGAUACCUCAGUACCAACUUCUACGAAAGAAGCGUCGCGAAGACACAGAAUGA